UGAGGAAUGUAUGUAUAUUGACUGGACACCAAUGAAUUAAUAAGGGUUAUGAUCGAACGUACCUGGUACCUAAACCUCACAUUCGUUUCCCCUGCACUUCUCUCUGUCCUGUCGCAGCAAAGAGAUUAGUCGCAAUGCAUUCAUUCGGCAUGCGUCUAGGCUCAAUCGCCAUAAUCAUCGCGGCGAAGACACUAGGGACCAAUGCCGCGGAAUAUGACCCCCUUUCAUACGUCGACCAGCUAAUCGGGAGCCGAAAUGGAGGCAACAUUUUCCCAGGCGCCACACUGCCGUACGGCAUGGCGAAGGCCGUCGCCGACACCACCAGCGUAAGCAACCAAGGCGGCUUCACUCUCGACGGCACCCCCAUCUCCGGCUUUUCGGCGAUGCACGAUUCCGGAACCGGAGGAUCCCCGUCCCUGGGGAACUUCCCGCUCUUCCCGUAUGCGAGCUGCCCGGGCGACGACAUCGACCGAUGCGAAUACCCCAAGAAAACGCGAUCGGCAAACCACGGUCAGUUCAACGAUAACAGCGUCGUGGCGCGCCCGGGCUACUUUGGAGUCACCCUCAACUCUGGAAUCGACGUCGCGAUGACGGCGGCGCAGCAUACGGCGCUCUUCCAGUUCACCUUUCCGGCAACGGAUGGGCAUCCCCUGCUCUUACAGGAUCUGACCGAUCUUUCGGAUUCGCGCCAAAAUAAUGGCACUGUUGCGAUCGACCCCGAGACGGGGAGAAUUACGGGUUCCGCGCGUUUCCAGUCGAGUUUCAGUCAAGGGCAAUACGUACUUCACUUCUGCACCGAUUUCUCGGGUCCUGCAAUCUUUGACACUGGCAUCUUUGUUAACAGCAGAGCCAGCACAGACGCAAAGAACCUGACCAUCUCUCGGUCAAUCAACGGGUACCCCCUUCCCGGAGGCGCUUUUAUCAGAUUCCAGUCCGCCGACACACCGGUACUCGCGCGUGUGGGCCUGAGCUUUAUCAGCUCCGAGCAAGCAUGCUCUAAUGCGGAGAGCGAAAUCCCGGACUACAACUUUGAUCAGAUCGAGCAGACUGCGGCGGAUGCCUGGAGAGAGAAGCUCAGCCCAAUCAGCGUGUCUUCGGAAGGCGUCAGUGAGGAUUUCCUGAAGAACUUCUACAGCGGCGUGUACAGAACGAUGGUGAACCCUCAGAACUACACGGGAGAAAAUCCGCUUUUCAAUACCGGCGAGCCGUAUUUUGACUCGUUUUAUUGCCUCUGGGAUAGCUUUAGGAGCCAGAUCCCGUUUUUGACUCUGCUCGACCCGGCCGCAGUGGCACAGAUGAUCCGCUCUUUGAUCGAUACUUAUAGGUAUGAGGGUUGGCUGCCAGAUUGUCGGAUGACUUUUUCCAAGGGCUAUACGCAGGGUGGCUCGAAUGCGGACGUAAUACUAGCAGAUGGGUUCCUCAAGGGUAUCACGGAUGGCAUCGACUGGGACACGGGCUACGAAGCAGUCGUAAAAGACGCAGAAGUAGAGCCCUUCGACUGGUCAAGCGAAGGACGCGGUGGACUCGACAGCUGGAAAGCGCUCGGAUACAUCCCUGUGCAAGACUUUGACUACAAGGGCUUUGGGACGAUGACGAGGAGUAUAUCUCGCACUCUCGAGUACAGUUACAACGACUUCACGAUUUCCCAAAUGGCUCAGCUACGUAACAAUACCGCCGACGCGGAGAAGUAUCUCCGCACUAGCGACAAUUGGAAGCGUCUCUACAAAGCAGACCAAACAUCAAAAUUCGACAGCGGCGCCGACACGGGGUUUACCGGGUUCUUCCAGCCGAAAUUCCUGAACGAGACGUGGGACUACCAGGACCCGCUCUGGUGCAGCAACAUCGACAACUCCGGAACAUCGUGCUCGCUGCAGAACACGGCGCACGAGACGUUCGAGAGCAGCGUGUGGGAGUACGGCUUCUUCGUGCCGCACAACCAGGGCGACCUGAUCGCGCUGUACGGCGGCGCCGGGCCGUUCGUGCGGCGGCUCGACUUCCUGCACGACAGCAACAUCACCUACAUCGGCAACGAGCCGGCCUUCCUCACCGUCUUCCAGUACCACUACGCCGGCCGCCCCGCCCUCUCCGCCCGCCGCGCCCACUUCUACAUCCCCCGCUUCUUCGACACCACUCCCGAGGGCCUCCCCGGCAACGACGACAGCGGCGCCAUGGGCUCCUUCGUCGCCUUCUCCAUGAUGGGGCUGUUCCCCAACCCGGGGCAGAACGUGUAUCUCAUCAUCCCGCCCUUCUUCGAGAGCGUCAACGUCACGAGCCCGCUCACGGGGAACACGGCGACGAUACGGAAUGUCAAUUUCGAUCCGGCGUACGAGGCGAUAUACAUACAGAGCGCGACGCUGGAUGGCGAGCCGUACACGAGGAACUGGGUCGACCAUAGCUUUUUUACGGAGGGCAAGGAGCUCGUGCUUACGCUCGGCAGGAACGAGAGUUCCUGGGGCACGAAGGUCGAGGAUCUGCCGCCGAGCGUGGGUGACUAUGAGGGGUUCAAUCGGACGGUGGCGUCGAGGAAGAGGGGGGGUGGGCCGAGAUAUGAUGCUGGGCUUGGGCUGAGGUAAUGAGUGGUGUUAGGUUGUGAUAGAGGAGUCUUGGGCUUGGGCUUAACUACUAACUAUAUUCA